CUCCCGCGCAGCAUGCCAGCCCGAGCCCCUCCGCGCCGUCCGCGGCUGCCCCUGCGACUGCUGCUGCUGCUGGUUCUGCGCUCCGGCUGCCUGCGCGCUGAGCCCGGGGACGGCGUGCAGACCUGGGCCCGCUUCGCGCGCCCUCCCGCCCCCGAGGCUGCGGGCCUCCUCCAUGAUACUUUCCCCGACGGCUUCCUCUGGGCGGUGGGCAGCGCCGCCUACCAGACCGAGGGCGGCUGGCGGCAGCACGGCAAGGGCGCGUCCAUCUGGGACACGUUCACCCAUCACUCCAGAGCCAGCCCGGGUGACUCCCGGACCGCCAGCUCGCCUUUGGGCGCCCCGUCGCCUCCGCUGCCCGCCACUGGAGACGUGGCCAGCGACAGUUACAACAACGUCUUCCGCGACACGGAGGGGCUGCGUGAGCUCGGGGUCACCCACUACCGCUUCUCCAUCUCGUGGUCGCGGGUGCUCCCCAAUGGCAGCGCGGGUGCCCCCAACCGCGAGGGGCUGCGCUACUACCGACGCCUGCUGGAGCGGCUGCGGGAGCUGGGCGUGCAGCCGGUGGUCACGUUGUACCACUGGGACCUGCCCCAGCAUCUGCAGGACACUUACGGCGGCUGGGCCAACCGCGCCCUGGCCGACCACUUCAGGGAUUACGCGGAGCUCUGCUUCCGCCACUUCGGAGGCCAGGUCAAGUACUGGAUCACCAUUGACAACCCCUACGUGGUGGCCUGGCACGGCUAUGCCACCGGGCGCCUGGCCCCCGGCGUCCGGGGCAGCUCGCGGCUCGGGUACCUGGUUGCGCACAACCUCCUUCUGGCUCACGCCCAAAUCUGGCAUCUCUACAAUACCUCUUUCCGUCCUAUUCAAGGAGGCCAGGUGUCUAUCGCCUUAAGCUCCCACUGGAUCAAUCCUCGAAGAAUGACUGACCAUAACAUCAGAGAAUGCCAAAAAUCUCUUGACUUUGUACUCGGUUGGUUUGCCAAACCCAUAUUUAUUGAUGGUGACUAUCCUGAGAGCAUGAAAAACAAUCUUUCAUCUCUUCUGCCUGAUUUCACUGAACCUGAGAAAAAGUUCAUCAAAGGGACAGCUGACUUUUUUGCUCUUUCCUUUGGACCAACCUUGAGUUUUCAACUAUUGGACCCUCAAAUGAAGUUCCGCCAGUCAGAGUCUCCCAGCCUGAGGCAGCUCCUAUCUUGGAUUGAUCUGGAGUAUAACCACCCUCAAAUAUUUAUCGUGGAAAAUGGUUGGUUUGUCUCAGGGACCACCCAAAGAGAUGAUGCCAAAUACAUGUAUUACCUCAAAAAGUUCAUCAUGGAAACCUUAAAAGCCAUCAGGCUGGAUGGGGUCGACGUCAUUGGGUACACCGCAUGGUCCCUCAUGGAUGGUUUCGAGUGGCACAGGGGCUACAGCAUCCGACGUGGACUCUUCUAUGUCGACUUUCUGAGUCACGACAAGAAGCUGUUACCGAAGUCUUCAGCCUUGUUCUACCAAAAGCUGAUAGAGAACAAUGGCUUCCCUCCUUUACCCGAAAACCAGCCCCUAGAAGGGACAUUUCCCUGUGACUUUGCUUGGGGAGUUGUUGACAACUACGUUCAAGUGGACACUACUCUCUCUCAGUUUACCGACCCAAAUGUCUACCUGUGGGAUGUUCAUCACAGUAAGAGACUUAUUAAAGUGGAAGGAGCUGUGGCCAAGAAGAGGAAAUCCUACUGUGUUGAUUUCUCCGCCAUCAGGCCGCAGGUAGCCUUACUACGGGAAAUGCACGUUACCCACUUUCACUUCUCCCUGGACUGGGCCCUGAUCUUGCCUCUGGGUAACCAGUCCCGAGUGAACCACACGAUCCUGCACUUCUACCGCUGCAUGAUCAGUGAACUGGUGCACGCCAACAUAACGCCCGUGGUGGCCCUGUGGCAACCAGCAGCUCCGCACCAAGGCCUGCCCCUUGCUCUGGCUAAGCAGGGCGCUUGGGAGAACCCGCACACCGCCCUGGCCUUUGCAGACUACGCAGGCCUGUGCUUUAAAGAGCUAGGCCACAGGGUCAAGUUCUGGAUCACGAUGAAAGAGCCGAACACCAGGAACAUGACGUACCGUGCCGGGCAUCACCUGCUGAAGGCACAUGCGUUGGCUUGGCGCCUGUAUGAUGAGACGUUUAGGAACGCUCAGAAAGGCAAAAUAUCCAUCGCCUUGCAGGCAGAUUGGAUUGAACCGGCCUGCCCUUUCUCUCAACAGGACAAAGAAGUAGCCGAGAGGGUUUUGGAAUUUGACAUUGGCUGGCUGGCAGAGCCCAUAUUCGGCUCUGGAGAUUAUCCACGAGUGAUGAGAGACUGGCUGAACCAAAGAAACAAUUUUCUUCUGCCUUAUUUCACUGAAGAUGAGAAAAAGCUAAUCCAAGGUUCCUUUGACUUUCUGGCUGUAAGCCACUACACCACCAUCCUUGUAGACUGGGAAAAGGAAGAUCCAAUAAAAUACAACGAUUACCUAGAAGUGCAGGAAAUGACGGACAUCACUUGGCUGAACUCUCCCAGUCAGGUGGCAGUGGUGCCAUGGGGGCUGCGCAAAGUGCUGAACUGGCUGAAGUCCAAGUAUGGAAACCUUCCCAUGUACAUAAUGGCCAAUGGCGUUGAUGACGAUCUACACGCAGAGCAAGACAUGCUGAGGGUGUAUUAUAUACAGAAUUAUGUGAACGAGGCUCUGAAAGCCUAUAUACUGGAUGGUAUCAAUCUUUGUGGAUACUUUGCUUAUUCAUUUAACGAUCGCUCAGCUCCAAAGUUUGGUCUUUAUCGUUAUGCUGCGAAUCAGUUUGAACCCAAACCGUCUAUGAAACACUACAGGAAAAUCAUCGACAACAAUGGUUUCCUGGGCUCUGAAGCUCUGGGAAGGUUCUGUCCAGAAGAAUACACAGUGUGCACUGAAUGCAGCUUUUUUCACACGCGCAAGUCUUUACUGGCCUUCAUUGCUUUUCUAUUUUUUUCUUUUAUUAUUUCUCUCUCUCUUAUUUUUUACUACUCCAAGAAAGGCAGGAGAAGUUACAAAUAGUGUGAACAUUUUCCUGUCCAUUUGUUUGGAAAUAAUUAUGCACGUUUAUCAGCUGUUAGCUAUUUAUACCUCUCAGUGUUGUGAAGCCAAAUUUCACACAUCUGGAGUCACAAUCAAACUUUUUGUCCCAUCUGGCAAAGGUUUUGGAACAGAUGUAGGUGACUGUAAAGUAUUAAUAAGGUGAAGAGUGUCUGAAUUUGUUCUCUUUUGCGGUGAUAAAGAAACUGUCAGUCACCAUAAUUUCUACAGCACUCUCUGCAGGGAAAGCAUGAAGCUAUAGCCACACCAGGGUGCACUGCACAGAAAAUUGGAAGUCAGCUUUAGGAAUAUUUUUGUCUGUGCCAAUUUUAAAAUGUCACGUGUUUUUGAAGUAACAAUCGCUUAAUUUCCAUAACACCUGACAGUGAUUCAUUUACCUCACCUAAUUUCACAUGGUGACAAUGGAGGAAUGGUAUGGGACAUAGGGCAGGGGGACCCUAGACUGAGCCAGUCCUUUAAAAAGCACUGCUUCUAUCAAAUGCUGCUAAUAUUAAUUUAUGAAUAUACUUAGAGAGCACAUUAUGGACACAUUUUUCAUGAAUGUUUUGAGGUGCUCUCUAAACCCCAGAUCCUUGAGGAUUUUUGCUUGCUGGCUCUUUGAGAGUCUUCACAUAGAUUUUUUGAUAGAUAUUUGCAAAAAAUAAAUAUGAGUCAUGAACUGUUGUCCUCUUCAGGAAGCAGAAGUUGACUGUGAAAUGCACUACGCUGCAGGGGUUCCAGAAAGGAGGGAGGAGGAAAACGUUCUUUUUAUGAGCAACGUGACAAAUCUGAUCACACAUCCUUUUAAUUUGUAGUAGACCUUGAAAUGAAUGAAAUGACCUUUCCGAAGGAUGAACACUAUUUCUACAAAGGCGGCUCUUGGUUCUGCUCUUCAGAGUGUCUUGUAAAUUCUUUGACUUGAUAGUUUUUAAAAUUUCUUAAUAGAUCCCAAAGCAACCCAUUCUGGUAACACCUGAAGAUUUGUUUUUGUAAUCUCUGAGAUCCACUCUGCACAUCUGCAGAAGGAGUUUUGAACUCGUUUUGCUUUGAACUUUUACACCACAACAUGCUACUGACUUCCAAGGAAAGGGCUAAUUAGAUAUUCUCCUUCAAUGCCCUCCUACCAUGAGUCUUGCUGAUUUUCAGACAGGGAAUUCUUCCCGCUACACUGGAGUUGUUUUAUAGAUAAGUUGGUAUCAUAUCAAGCAAGAUAAACCAGUAAUCACAGGAAUACCUACCCUUGUUGAUAUUACAUUAUUACAUGUUGUCUUGACAGGUGGUAUGUUGUUUUUUUUUUCCAUGAGAGAUAAGCAUUUGGUGGUAUUCUUUAUAAAACUGGAUUUUACUAAGA